UUGACACCCCACCUACCGCUGCGCCUGCAAUCAGCUUCCACGCUGGGUCCCUCGAGUCUUCCGCCGGGCGCUCCAGCCCAGUUUCGCAGUACCGUGGAUACCAUGGAACAAGAUCAGAGUGCGGUCCCGGUCUCUGACCCGGCGCCGCCCUCUGCCCCGCUCCCGACCGAACCCUACGACGACACCCUCGGCAGCAUCGACAGUUCCCUUCAGCAGCCGCAGCAACACCCGCAACUGCACCAGUACCAUAACCCUGCGGUGCCAGAAUACAACGACAUCCACGACCAGAAUGGCUUCCAUGAGCAGCAGGACCAUGUCCCAUCACACCCUGUCGACCAGGGCUUAAGCAAUUCGCCUCGCUCGCAUUACCCGCCCGAUAGCACAGAUGGCGAGCCGACAGCUCGCUACGCAACCCCGCCGGUUCCCGCGCCUCCCGCAUCCCGGCCGCCCUCGGGCCUUUCGGGACAUGGGACUGCGUACGGAGCGGACCAGGCCUCGAGGGCAGGCAGCAACGGAGCGCCUGCCGAGCAACAAAACCCCGGGCGCAACCACGUCGUGAUCAAAGUCGGCAUGGUGGGGGAUGCCCAGAUCGGAAAGACAAGUCUGAUGGUCAAAUAUGUCGAGGGGAGCUGGGACGAAGACUACAUCCAGACUCUGGGGGUCAACUUCAUGGAGAAGACCAUCAGCAUCCGGAACACCGAGAUUACGUUCAGCAUCUGGGACUUGGGUGGCCAGCGCGAGUUUGUCAACAUGCUACCGUUGGUCUGCAACGAUGCCGUGGCGAUCCUGUUCAUGUUCGACCUGACACGGAAGAGCACGUUGAACAGCAUCAAGGAGUGGUAUCGUCAGGGGCGCGGCUUCAACAAGACGGCCAUCCCCGUCCUCGUGGGGACGAAGUACGACCACUUUGUGAACCUGUCGCGCGAGGAGCAGGAGGAGAUCUCGAACCAGGCUCGGCGCUUCGCCAAGGCCAUGCGCGCAGCACUGAUCUUUAGCAGCACCAGCCACAGCAUCAAUGUCCAGAAGAUCUUCAAGAUCGUGCUCGCAAAGGCGUUUGACCUGAAGUGCACGAUCCCCGAAAUCACCAACGUCGGCGAGCCAUUGCUCAUCUACCAGUCUUGCUAAACGACGCCCGAGAAGUCACCAAGAUUUGACUGCCCACCCAGGAACACGUGUUGUACAACUGUACGGGUUGCCGGGGGAAAACCCAUAAUAGUAUCCCCCAAACCACUAGUGGCCUCUAUGAUCCAUGCCUCAUCACGGAGGAACAACAGCUUUCGAGUCGGAAUGGCAUUCCAGGAGGCGGAGGUGGGCCAAGAUACAAGGGGUCCAAGCGGCAUCAGUGCCAGCAGCC